CUGUGUCACUGAAUUACAAUAUGUCUGAAUUCGUUCUGUCAUGCCAAUGCUGAACAUCCUGUCAUGCCAAUGUAUCGACAGAGUUGCAAUGCAAGCAGGACAAAGAUAAAAGAAAAUGAAAUGGAAAAAAUCCAUCUCAUCCAUAGCUAGCAAUUACAAGCUCCCCUGUCCACCCUGUACCUUCCAUCGUCUUCGUGUCCCCCCACCACUCUGCCAACCGACGUGAACGCCACCUCCACCCAUGCAUCCACCAUGGGCACUCGGCUCUCGGCAUCAAUUCACCAUCAUAUAUAAUCAUCGUGCAACAACCACUGCACUCCGGCCUCCCGAUCACACACCAGCUGAAAUCAUUGCGUUCCAUCCAUCGAUCAAUUGCAAUGCCGUUGUGCUGCGUAGAGUGCAAGCCAUGCAACGGCCAUGGUGCGUUCUUCAAGAGCCGGCGCCCCGCGCAGCAGCUCCGCCGCGCGCUCGGCAAGAUGUUGGUGAGCGGCACCCGCAGGCGGCCUCGCCGGCCCGGGAGCUUCAGCUCCGUCCGCGCGGUGUUCUGGCCGCUCAUGUCCAUGCGCUCCGAGGCCGACGCCCGCCCGCCGACGGACUUCUCCCCCGACGUCACCGUCAGUAGCAGCGGGGCGCGCGCUCCGAGGUCGACGACGGCCGAUCGGGUGCUGGCGCUGCAGGCCCGGCUCGGCGGCGAGGGCGAGGCCACGCGCGCGCCGCCGCCGCAGCCGCAGCUGCAGCUGACGGCGGCCGUGGCGGCAGGUGACGAGGCGAAAGCCAUCGUCGUCAGUCACGGCUGCGGCGACGUGGAGGCGGCGUGCAGGAGCUUCGAGAGGCACCUGGUGGAGAUGCUGGUGGAGGAGCGGAAGGUGAUGGACCUGACGGACGUGGAGGAGCUGCUGUGCUGCUGGGAGCAGCUCAGGUGCCCGGCGUUCGUGCGCCUCGUGGGCCGUUUCUACGGCGAGCUCUGCAUGGACCUCUUCUCCUCGGCCCAGGACGCCGACGACGUGUGGUCUUCCCAGUCAGACUCAGAGGACCUCAGCGUCUGAGUCCGACAUGGGCAACCAACUAAUCGUCCACAGGCCUUUCUGCCAUCAGCCCAUGAAUGAUACACCAAGCUACUGUUUGAGCUGCCGUGUAGAGUACUGUAGUUGUUUUCCUAUUGUAUGCGUCAUGCAUGUUUCUUCCGGUAGCAAAUUUGGUUGGUUUUCUUCUUGUUUUUGAGACACUUUUCAAGUGAGAAAACGGCGUUGCUGUGUGAA